AACCCAAAACCUUAGAUAAUUGUUUACUCUAAAAAGAUGGGUUUUAACCUCAUCAUCUCUCUCCUUCUUUUUCUUCCACUUCUAACAGUCACAAUCUUGUCGGGAGCCGAGCAGGCUUUGGCUUCCGACAACACACUCCUCGUGAACAGCCACCACCACCACAACAGCACGGCAGUUUCCGGCAAUGGUGGGAUGUCGUCACUGAGAGGGAAGAAGCAGAGGAGGUCUUCAAGUUGUAACUUGUUCCAAGGCCGAUGGGUGUUCGAUGCUUCGUAUCCUUUCUAUGGUUCGUCCACGUGUCCUUUCAUCGACGGCGAGUUUGACUGUCUCAAGUUCGGUCGACCUGACAAACAGUUCCUCAAGUACUCUUGGCAACCUGAAUCUUGCUCCAUCCCAAGGUUCGACGGUGCGGCGUUUCUGAGGAAAUGGAGAGGGAAGCGAGUCAUGUUCGUGGGAGACUCACUGAGUCUGAACAUGUGGGAAUCAUUGGGAUGUAUGAUACAUGCGUCGGUACCAAACGCCAAGACCACUUUUCUCAAGCGUACCCCACUCUCUACACUCACUUUCCAGGAAUAUGGAGUGACGUUGUAUCUAUAUAGAACACCAUACAUAGUGGAUAUAUCCAAAGAGAAAGUAGGGCGUGUGCUUAACCUUGGAGCCAUUGAUGGAGGUGCUAAUUUAUGGAAAAACAUGGACGUUCUUGUCUUCAAUUCUUGGCAUUGGUGGACUCAUAAAGGCCAAUCUCAAGGGUGGGAUUAUAUUAGAGAUGGGUCGUCUUUGGUGAGAGACAUGAACCGUCUUGACGCUUUCUAUAAAGGACUUACUACUUGGGCUCGAUGGGUUGAUCAAAACGUUGAUACCUCCAGAACCAAAGUGUUCUUCCAAGGCAUUUCUCCCACUCACUACGAGGGAAGGGAAUGGAACGAGCCGAGGAAGAGUUGUAAUGGUCAAGCGCAGCCUUUGAGUGGAUCAAAUUACCCAAGUGGUCAGCCUCCAUCUGCAGGAGUUGUGUCCAAAGUGUUGAAUGCGAUGAGGAAGCCUGUCUUCUUGCUCGAUAUCACUACUUUGUCUCAGUUGAGAAAAGAUGCCCAUCCUUCUAUUUAUGGUGGCGAUGGAGGAACAGAUUGUAGCCAUUGGUGCCUCCCAGGGUUGCCUGAUACUUGGAACCAGCUUCUCUACGCAGCUCUUUCGAUGUGACGCGCGUGCAAGAAAUCUCUAUAAAGAAAAAGUGCAAAACACCUUUAUUCUGUAAAUUACAUUCUUGGAGGUGCAAAGAAUCUGACAGAUUUACUUUUGGGGAAUUCAGUGAAGACUACAAGCAUACAGAAGAUGGAUCGUAAAGAGCACCUUUUAUAUUCUUUUCGUGUGGGGAAACAAUAAUCUUAAAAUUCGUCUAGUGUUGUGUGAUGCAAUAGAAAUAGAUUAAUAACAAAGGAGACAUUCUCAGCAUAAUAAUACAUCAGUUUGGUAAUUCCUUGUUUAAA